GGCCAAACCUUCGAGAUGCAGCUGCUCUACCUAAGCUCUCUGAUUCUACUGCUCCUGCAGCCACCCAAUCCCUGCGAGUCUAAGCGCUUGGUUGGACCCAUUUCUAGGGGUCCAUCGGGUAGGAUUAAGGGUGGUCAGGAGGCUGAGAUUGGAUUUGCCCCGUAUCAGGUUUCUCUGCAACCCAUCGUGGGUUCCCAUAACUGCGGUGGUGCCAUCUUGAACGAGCAGUGGAUCAUAACCGCCGGUCACUGUGUGGAGAACUAUAUUCCGGCGCUGGUCAACGUGAUUACGGGAACAAAUAAAUGGGCAGAGCCAGGAGCCGUAUAUUACACCGAGAGUAUCCACAUGCACUGUAUGUACGAUCAGCCCUAUAUGCAUAACGACAUCGCCCUGGUGAAGCUCACCCAGAACAUUACCUUCAACGAGCUGACCCAACCCAUUGCAUUGCCUACAAGACCAGUUCAUUCCGGCGAUGAGAUCGUCCUUACGGGUUGGGGUGCCGAGGAAGCGUACGGUAGCUCCGUGGAGAAUCUGCAGAAGUUGACCCUGGGAUUCGUUCCUUUCGAGGAGUGCUACGAUAUCUUCAACCAGACCAGCAGCAUGGGUGUGGGUCACAUCUGCACCUUUUCGCGGGAGGGCGAAGGUUCCUGUCACGGCGAUUCCGGUGGUCCGCUGGUGAGCAAUGGCAGUCUGGUGGGCGUGGUGAACUGGGGUCGACCGUGCGGGGUUGGAUUUCCGGAUGUUCAGGCAAAUGUCUACUAUUAUCUGGACUGGAUUCGCAGCAAGAUCAGCGGCAACAGCUUGUGUUACUACUAAUUUACUUACAAAACUAAAAAAUUAGUUAGAAAAACUAAAAAAAUUGCAUUAAACAGAAGGAAAUAAAGAAAAGCUUAAUCUUAUUAUUAAAAGGGUUUUUGGAGAGGAGGUUCUUAUUUUUUAACCAGUUAUUAUGUUCGAAAUUAAGAAAAGAAUAAAUUAUGUUAUGAUUCAUAAUGCCUGAUUACCUAAA